AUGGCUUUGGACAACCGCCUGAUGCCCGCCGCCGCCGCCGCUACUCCCGAACUGCGGACCAUCCGCUCAUCUGCCUCGACCCCGUCGCUGCGCUCUCGCGAUGGAACUAUCCCGCUACACGCCAGAAUGGACGGAGGAGGCAACGUACGGGUGGUCGUCCGCGUGCGGGCGUUCCUGCCCCGAGAAAUCAACCGCGGCGCCGAAUGCCUUAUCGAGAUGAACCCAAUGACCCAGGAGACGACGCUGCUCGUGCCCAACGACAACGACCCGGCCAACUCGCGAACCAAGUCGCGCAAGGUGAUCGAGGAGAAGAGUUUCACAUUUGACAAUUCGUUCUGGAGCCACGACACAACGGACAAGCACUAUGCGCCACAGGAGGAAAUUUACAACACCCUCGGCGAGGAGUUCCUCGACCACAACUUCGAGGGCUACCACACAUGCAUCUUCGCCUACGGCCAGACGGGGUCCGGCAAGAGUUACACCAUGAUGGGCACGCCGGACCACCCGGGCUUGAUCCCACGGACGUGCGAGGAUCUCUUUGAACGCAUCGAGGCGGCGCAGAACGAGACGCCCAACAUUUCCUACAACGUCAGGGUGUCGUACUUUGAGGUCUACAACGAGCACGUGCGCGACCUGCUGGUGCCCGUCGUGCCCAACAAGCCGCCCUACUACCUCAAGAUCCGCGAGUCGCCGACCGAAGGCCCCUACGUCAAGGAUCUCACCGAGGUGCCGGUGCGCAGCAUCAACGAGAUUCUGCGGUACAUGAAGAACGGAGACGAUUCGAGAACGACGGCCAGCACCAAGAUGAACGACACGAGCAGUCGAAGCCACGCAGUCUUCACCAUUAUGCUGAAGCAGAUUCAUCACGACAUGGAGACGGACGAGACGACAGAGCGAAGCUCGCGCAUCCGACUGGUGGAUCUCGCGGGCAGUGAGCGCGCCAAGGCAACGGAAGCCACGGGCGCACGGCUCCGGGAGGGCAGCAACAUCAACAAGUCGCUGACGACGCUCGGGCGCGUCAUAGGAGCGCUGGCCGACUCGAAGCAAAAGGGUCGCAAACGAAAAGACGUGGUGCCGUACCGGGACUCGAUCCUCACGUGGCUGCUCAAGGACUCCCUCGGCGGCAACAGCAAGACGGCCAUGAUUGCGUGCAUUGCGCCGUCGGACUACGAGGAAACGCUCUCGACGCUGCGCUACGCGGACCAGGCCAAACGGAUCCGCACACGGGCCGUCGUCAACCAGGACCACGUGUCGGCAGCGGAACGAGACGCACAGAUUGCGGACAUGGCGGAGGAGAUCAGGGUGUUGCAGCUCUCCGUGUCGGAGUCGCGACGGCGCGAGAAGGACACGACACAGGACCAGGAGGCGCGCCUCGAGGAUUACCAGAAGAGCGUCGUGGCGAUGCAGCGCAUGAUGGAGGAGAAGAGCCUCGUGGCGGAGGGCAAGAUCCGCAGCCUGCAGACGGAGAACGAAGCGCUCCGGCUGCACCUCAAGCUGGCGCUGGAGAGCCUCAAGAACCCGAUCCCGGCGGUGCCCCUGAAGUCGGUGGAGGGUCGGAAGAGCAUCGGGGAAGAGGCGGACGACGACGACAACGACGACAAGGAAAACGAGGACAGCUUUGUGUCGUACGACGGCGAUUCGGACAGCACGGCGUAUGACUCGGAGGCGGGCGGUGAGGAAGACGAGACGCAGGAUUACAUGAAGAGCCUCCUCCAGGACCUGGGCAUGUUCCGAAGGAAGAUCGGAGACGACAUGGGCCGGUGGAUGGAGCAGGGGGGCGCGAGGACGCCGCUGGGGGCCAGGCUCAAUGUGUGA